AUGACAGCCAGCACUCUCGACCGUCUUUCUGCGCUGGACACCAACACGGUGUCUGAUGCGCUAGACUUUCUUGGCCUCCCUGGAGCCACUUAUGGUCUUCGUCCCCUUUGGGACUGUCCCAAGAUUGUCGGUCGCGCCAGCACCAUCAAAGUUGGACCCAAGACUGAGGGCAGCCAACCUACUGUGCAUCUGAUCACGCCCGUGAUUGACGCAGUAACAACCGAUGACCGUGUACUCGUCAUUGCCGGCGGCACCGAGGGUAUCUCAUGUUGGGGAGACAUUAUUGCCAACGCAGCCAAAGCCAAGAAGAUUCGUGGUUCUGUCAUUGAUGGAAUGAGUCGUGACAUCGAUGGUAGCCGGGACAUUGGUUACCCUGUUUUUGGUCGUGGGGUUACCAUGAUCAGUGCUCGAAAUCGACUCAUCCAAAUUGACUCUGGAACCGAGGUUGAGAUGCGAGGCAUCAAGGUGAAGCAAGACGAUUAUGUUAUCGCUGAUAAUUGCGGAACCGUCUUUGUGCCUGCCGACCGUAUCGAGGAGGUGCUGGAUCUGGGAGAACGCAUUGAUCGUCGUCAGACCAACAUGCUUCAAGAAGUCCGAGCUGGCCGUUCAGUGGCAGAGGUCAUGCAUGAUAAGCAAUUCCAUUCCAUUGCGUCCAAGGGUCAGACAAAUAACGACACGCCCAAGGGAAACCCCAAGCAACCCGACCCUGAGGAUCAAGAACUUGUCGCCUUGUUUGCCGAUUCUGAUACCCCUGGAGUCUCGGAUGCCCUCGACAAGCUUGGCAUUCCAGGACAGGCCUUCAAGAUCAUGCCCCUGACCAACUACCAAAAAACCACGGUUGGGCCAGCUUUCACUGUGCGUUACGUGCCCGCCAGCAACCCCCCUGGAAGUGUGGGCGAUUUCAUCGACGAUGUGGCUCCUGGAGAUUUCGUUGUGAUUGACAACGGAGGCCGCACUGACUGCACGGUCUGGGGAGAUAUUAUGACCCAAUACGCCGGCCUACGAGGCAUUGCGGGAACUGUCAUUGAUGGUGUGUGUCGCGAUGUCGAUCGUGCCAUCAGCGACAACUACCCGGUAUUUACGGCCGGACGAUGGAUGCGUACAGGCAAAGACCGAGUUCAAGUUGGGGGAGUUAAUGAGUCUAUUGGCGUGGGAAACGUGAGAGUGAGUCCUCGCGAUAUUGUGGUGGCUGAUGCGAAUGGUGUUGUUAUCGUGCCUCGGGACAGGGCUCGUGAGGUGGCUGCCCUUGCAAAGACAAUUGAGAAGAGUGAGGAGGGUAUCAGAUCAAUGAUAUCUCAAGGGUCCACAAUUGCUGAGGCAAGAGAGAAGCUUGGUUACCACACGCUGCAGCGAAAGGGGUAA